GGGUCACGUUUCACUGCCGGCAGCUUUAUCGUUUGAGAUCUCGGGCAAAUGAUGUCGCCAUGUCACAGUUGAAAAUUAAAUAUCAUCUUUUGCAGAGAUUUGAACCACCAACAUGGGCGGCUGGAUUGAAAAAUCUCCCCAAGUAUUACGUGAAGCUUGCCCAGCACAACACGCCUGUCCACGAAUGGGACCUCCUCGACAUCCCCAAUGGCUUCCAGAUCGGCAUCAAGCGAGAUGACAUGACCGGAAGUAACAUGUCUGGAAACAAAGUGCGCAAGUUAGAGUUCCUUCUUGCCGAUGCCCUGGAGAAAAAGUGUGACACUAUCUUCACCAUGGGUAGUAUCUACUCCAAUCACUGCCGUUCCACAGCUAUCGCUACCAAGCAGUUGGGCCUUGAGUGCUAUCUCUUCGUUAGACAUCGUGAAAAGAAUACCAAUAUUGGCUCGAUGGGUAACAUGCUGUUUAACAGGAUGACUGGUAGCCACAUUAUACUGACAGAGUACGGGCCAUAUGAAAUUGUAACAUACCCCAAGAUGGAUAGACUGAAGGAAAAGCUAGAGAAGGAAGGCAAAUCUGUGUACAUCAUCCCAGUCGGCGGCUCCUGCUAUGUCGCCAUGUUCGCCUACAUGAUGACCUUUAACGAGCUAAUUAACCAGGGUGUCCUGGAGGAGUACACUGAUGUUGUCAUGUCAACUGGGAGUGGGGGCACAGCAUCUGGCAUGGCAAUUGCCAACUACCUCACUGGCUCAAAACUCAAAGUCCAUUGUGUAAGUGUGAGAAGAAGUAUUGAAAACCUGCAUCAACACAUCCAAGAAGAUCUUGAUCAAGCAGGCCUGAAUCAUGUCAAUGCUGCCGACAUCAUUGACAUCAUGGAUGAGCACAAAGGACUGGGAUAUGGCAUCUCCACACAGGAAGAAUUAGAGCAUGUUAUUGAGAUCGGAUGUACUACAGGAAUCACAGUUGAUCCAGUAUAUACUGUCAAGUCUGUGCGUGGAAUGCUUGCUGAAAUGAGGGAUAACCCAUCCAGAUUUAAAGGCAAAAAGGUCUUAUAUAUGCACACUGGUGGGAUGUUUGGGCUGUUUGAGGGGCGAAUGGACACAACGUUAAAUUCUCUGGAGAAGUGUUAUCGUGUCAGAUAUUGGGCAAAUGGGGAUGAUAUUCCAGAGUUUUAGAUAAAUCUAAUAAUGAGAAUAAUCCUGUAUUUGUGUAGAGAUGUAGUGAUAGAAAAUUGCAGAGGCUCCAAGAAUUCAUAAAGCACUGUUUUGUGCUGGACAA